AGAGAGAGAGAGAGAGAGAGAGUAGUUGGUUGCAGCAGGUGCUUGCGCUGUUACUUGUCUCCGAAGACUGGUCGUUACACAUUUUGAGCAAAACGCUGUUCCUUCACUAUGAUGGAAGGUCACGAUACUGGAUUGUUUCCGUUGUGGUUGGCAUCCUCUCUGCUUCUGGGAUGUGGUGUUAGUCUUUCUUUAGGGCAGAAUGAAACCGAACCAGUGGUUUUGGAGGGAAAAUGUUUGGUGGUAUGUGACUCGAACCCCUCCGCAGAAGGAGGGGUAACAUCAUCCUUCGGAAUAUCUGUUCGGGCUGCCGGAGCCAAAGUGGCGUUUUCUGCGGUCAGAGGAACGAACCAUGAACCUUCAGAUAUGAGCAACCAAUCUAUGACCAUCUACUUCGAUCAGGUACUUGUCAACAUUGGUAAUCAUUUCGACCUCAGGUCCAGCGUAUUCCUGGCACCAAGAAGAGGGAUAUACAGUUUUAGUUUCCACGUUGUGAAGGUUUACAAUCGACAGACUAUACAGGUGAAUCUGAUGCACAAUGAGUACCCAAUUAUCUCAGCGUUUGCUGGCGAUCAGGACGUGACUCGUGAAGCGGCCAGCAACGGUGUUCUCCUUCAUUUGGAGCGCGAAGACAAGCUGUACCUGAAACUGGAACGAGGGAAUCUGAUGGGUGGAUGGAAAUACUCUACAUUCUCUGGUUUCCUCGUAUUUCCACUCUAAUUUCACAAUCUGUUAUAACAUUUCUGUUGUGCAACUCUCUCUCUGAGCCCUCCGUGUGAAUUCGGAUAACGUCUAAGGAUUUUAUUAUAUUGAAUGACUUUGCUUUUCCAUAAUGAAGACAUCCUCUGAAACACCAUCAUAUUUAAGACACAGUGAAAGCUCAUGUAAUGCUGAAAAACUUGCUUAAAUACAAGUUGGUAGGCAGAUAUGGGAUGAUUACGAGUCGUGUUUAUUUUGAUCCUGUUAAAUUCUGUUUCAUUCUGUUUUUAGACCUAUAUUUUGAUGUUUUUUUGUUUUUGUUUGUUUGUUUAAUAACACGGUAGGGUACAGGUUA